AUGCAACAAUACAACAAAAACAAUAAUAAUAAUUUCAAUUUAAAUAUUUAUUUUCUUCCAUUUUUUAUUUGUUUUCUUCUUUUUAUCCUCAUUCCAUCUUCUACCCAACAAAAAUAUACUAACCCUUCCCAAUCAUUUAAUCUUCUCCCUCCAAUUAAUCAACAACCAAAAAUUCAAAAACAGCAUCAUCAAAGAAGACAUCCUUUAAUUUUUUCUUCUUCCUCCUCCUCUUCUUCUUCCUCUUUUUCCUCUUCUUUAGUACCUCAAUAUACCCGUUUCCCAUUAAAUAUAGUUGUUGGUUUACCUACAGAUGCUGAUGAUAAUCCUUUACGUAAUCCAUAUAAAUUAAGUAUUGCUAAAGCUCAACCAGUUUUUGACGUUGCAAUUGAGGAUAUUAUUACAAAAUUUAAGAUUCUUCCACCAAAUUCUUUACUUAUCGCCUAUGAAGAUACUCAAUUAAGUGAUGCUAUUGGCCCUCAAAAAAUAGUUAAUCAUUAUUGUAAUAAAAGUGUAGAUGCUGUAAUGGGUAUGGCUUAUGUUUUUGCUUUGGCCCCAGUUGCGAGAAUGUCACAAUUUUGGGGGAUUGGAGGAGUACCUGUUUUUACUACUACGUCAUUUCCAUUACUUAUACGUCUAAUGGGCACAUAUCGAACACUUGGACAAAUGGGAUAUCGUCUAUUCAUUGAAUUAGGCUUUCGACGUUUCCAUUUCUUUUUUAAUGAUCAAGCAGUUCAUGGUUCAAGUCAGGGCCGUUCAGAAUGUUAUUUUGCCCUAAAUGCUAUUAAAAAUUUAAUUGGGCAGUCAAAAUGUUGUAAUUGGACUGUUGAAAUGUUUUCACAACAAACAACAAAUAAAAAUAUUUUUAAAGAUUUAUUGAAGAAAUCUUCUCUUCUUUCUAAUAUUAUCAUUUUGUGUGCAAGUCCUGAUACUGUUCGUGAAAUUAUGUUGGCUGCUUAUGAACUUGGAAUGGCUACUUCUGGAGAAUAUGUGUUUAUAAACAUUGAUGUCUCUACUGGUUCACAUGCCGAAAAGCCCUGGCUUCGUCAAAACGAUUCAUCUGGUUCAGCCGAGGAAAAUGAAAAAGCAAAACAAGCAUAUAGAGCAUUAAAAACAAUUUCUUUAAGAAGAUCAGAUUUAGAAGAAUAUAAAAAUUUUGAAGCUAGAGUUAAAGAAAGGGCUGAAAAGAAAUAUAAUUAUUCAAAAAAUACUGGAAAAGAAUAUGAAAUGAAUAAUUUUAUAAGUGCCUUUUAUGAUGCUGUUUUACUUUAUGCUAUUGCCUUAAAUGAAACACUUUCUGAAGGUUUAGAUCCAAGAAAUGGAAGAAAUAUAACAAGUAAAAUGUGGAAUAGAACAUUUGUUGGUAUAACAGGGAAUGUAAGUAUUGACCAUAAUGGAGAUCGUUAUUCUGAUUAUUCACUUCUUGAUUUGGAUCCAGAACAAGGGAAAUUUGUGGAAGUUGCCUAUUAUUCUGGUGCUUCAAAUGAAUUAAAAGAAAUAACAGAUUUUCAUUGGGUUGGAGGAAAACCUCCAAAAGAUUUUCCUGUUUGUGGUUGGGAUCGUUCAAAAUGUCCUGAAGGUUAUCCAGCACAUGUUUAUGCAUUAAUGUGUUUGGGAAUUGUUGUUGUUAUUUUAUUAAUUGGUUUUGCAAUAUUUUAUAGGCGUUAUCGUGCUGAAGCAGAAUUGGCUAAAAUGACUUGGAAAAUUAAAUGGGAAGAGUUGGAUGGAGAAGAUAUUGGGAAGGAUAAAAGAAAAAAGAGAUUAAAUGUUGUUGGUUGUAGUAGUGGAAAUAAUAGAGGAAAAUUAAAAUCUGAUUUGUUGGAACAAUCAGAAGUUUUAUUAUUACGUUCAAAUAGUAGAGUAUCUAUUGGAUCUGAUAAAAGAAGUUCUUCCUCUGGUGCAACACGUAAAAUUUCAGCAAUGCUUGACAGAAAAAUCAGUAUAUUUACUAGAAAGAAAUCUUCCCCAACAGACCAACAACAACAACAUAAACAAUCACAUUCCCAAUCAGCAGGUAACAAAACAACAACAUCAACAAUAACAAAUCCAGACCAACAACCACAACAACAAAUAUCAACAAAUCAUAUUAUUGAAAGAAAUGCUUUUUCUUCCCCAACAUUUUCUAUUGGAAAUAAUUCAAAUAAUAAUGAUAAAAAAAGAAAAAAGAAAUCAAAUCAGUGGAUUGAUGAAGGAGGGGAAGGAGGGGGAUUAGAAGAAUGUGGAAGAGAAGGUGGAAGAGAAGGAUUAGAAGAAGAAGAUUUGGAAUUAGGAAGUAAUUCUGGUGUUGGCAAAAAAUCUAUUGUUUCUUGCUCUACUAAUAAAAACAACAGAAAAUUCUCUUUUAGUGUUUACAGCAUUAAAAGUGGAGGUUCAGUAGAAACAAUUCAAUUACAAAAUAAUGCCCAAAUAUUUACAAAAACAGCAAUGUAUAAAGGCACAAUGGUUGCUAUUAAAAUGCUUAAUUUGGAUCCAAAAAAAUAUCCAAAAUUAGAAUUACCUCGUUCUUUAUUAAUUCAAUUAAAAGAAAUGAAAGAUUUGCAACAUGACCAUUUAACAAGAUUUUGUGGUGCUUGUGUUGAUGCUCCUAAUUAUUGUAUAGUUACAGAAUAUUGCCCUAAAGGGUCUUUGGAAGAUAUUUUGGAAAAUGAAAAGAUUAAACUUGAUAAAAUGAUGAAAUAUUCAUUAUUACACGACUUAGUGAAAGGAAUGCAUUAUUUACAUGGAAGCCUUAUUAGAACUCAUGGAAGAUUAAAAACCUCAAAUUGUGUAGUAGACAGUAGAUUUGUACUUAAAGUAACAGAUUUUGGUUUGGCUGAAUUACACGCAAUGGAAGAUAUUAAAGAAGAUGAAUUAGAAUCACAUGCUUAUUAUAGAAAAAAACUUUGGACAGCCCCAGAAUUAUUAAGAGAUCCAAAUUCCCCCGUCCAAGGAACACAAAAAGGAGAUGUCUAUAGUUUUGCUCUUAUUUUACAUGAAAUGUUAUUUAGAAAAGGGGCUUUUUAUUUGGGUGAGGAUGAAUGUGUUAGCCCUAAAGAAAUUCUUUCCAAACUUGUCCAGCCAUUAGACCCUCACAGCGAUAUUGAACUUUUUAGGCCAUUAAUUCCCCAAGACUGCCAACCUGUUGAUGACACCCCAGAAACAGUUAAAAAAUUAAUUGAAUUAAUGAUGGCUUGUUGGAGUGAAAGUCCUAGUGGAAGGCCUGAUUUUUCAACAAUUAGAAAAGUUGUUCAUACACUUAAUAAAGAAAACGAAACUUCUAAUCUUGUUGAUAAUUUACUUAAACGUAUGGAGCAAUAUGCCACAAACUUGGAAGGUCUUGUUGAAGAACGAACACAGGAAUAUUUGGGGGAAAAGAAAAAAGUUGAAGAACUUUUACAUCAAUUAUUACCUCCCAGCAUUGCUGAUCAAUUAAUUGGUGGUAAUCCAGUCCAAGCAGAAGCUUAUGACAGUGUAACAAUUUAUUUUUCUGAUAUUGUUGGAUUUACUGCCCUUUCUGCUUUAUCUACCCCUAUGCAAGUUGUUGCCCUUUUAAAUGAUCUCUACUUAGCUUUUGAUAGUGUUGUUGAUAACUUUAAAGUUUACAAAGUUGAAACUAUUGGGGAUGCUUAUAUGGUUGUUUCCGGUUUGCCUGAAAGGAGAGAUGAUCAUGCUUCCCAAAUUGCACAAGCAAUAAAAUUAUUAACUUACAAAUUAUUUUCCCCCUCUUUUUUAGGUUCUGUUGUAGCUGGAGUUGUUGGAUCUAAAAUGCCUAGGUAUUGUCUGUUUGGGGAUACAGUAAAUACUUCAAGUAGAAUGGAAAGCAAUGGAUUACCUCUUCGUAUUCACGUUUCUUCUGAUACAAGAGAAAUUCUGGUUAAAGAUUCAGAUUUUCAAUUAGAAUUACGUGGUGAAGUAGAAAUGAAAGGAAAAGGCAAACAAACCACUUAUUGGCUAAAGGGCUACAAAGACACUCAUGUUCCUUACUUUGGGCCAGAAUACUUAUAA